AGAGAGUAUAAAUAUGGUGUCCCAAAACGGUCUGUCUACUCUGAAAGCAGGCAGCCAAUCUCAUGGCGACUUUCGCAGCACUUAUGUUUUCGGCCCUUGCUGUGGCCGUGGAUUCCUUAGAUGUGAACGACUUGGUCAACAACACGAACCUUUCUAUGUAUCAAGACCCCUCAAAGUUUAUUUGGACUAACAGUAGUGUUUAUCUUUCACGUAUAUCUGUAAGUGCGAGUACGCUGAAAAAUACACUACAAACUCCCUGUGUACGCUCACGGUAUUGGAGUAAUACAACAAAAGAAGUUGAGCGUUCUCUCGACGUUUAUAACAAAACGGAGCACAGUAAUAUCAGGUCUACAAAUAUUUCUCUUACCGUAGAAGACCAGGACUCUAAAAAAAUUCUUAAUGUUCAACACAAUGGGAGCAAAUUUUCUAUCAUGAACAUCACUGACAAGGAAAUCGCUAUUUCGAAUGAAAACAACACAUUCCGUGUGCUUUAUAGUGACACUAAUUGCCUUAUUCUGGCCGACACGUUAAAAGCAGCAGGUGAGGAUCACGAAGGGCUUCGCUGCUGGAUGUGGCUUCCAGAAUCUCGUAUACAAAAGCCGCCAAAAUGUUGCCUGUUCGUUUUCGAACUUCUGUGCUCCUACUUCGAUGAAACUGUUGAAGUUUCUGACAAAUCGUGUCUUAAUACCACAGAAAGAGGCUCCAAAUCUGGCUGAGAUCCUACGACACAUACACUGUAUCAGAAGUGGUGACGGGAAGGAAUGAAUUGCCGCGUAUGAUUUUCAUUAGUGAGCAAAGAAAGUUUUUGGUUGCGGAAACCGUACAGCUUCAAGAUCAUUCCAGUGGACAUAUAGAAGCUUGAACCCCAUUAUUUAAAGAAAAUCCACGGAACAAUACUGGCAAUAAAAUUUCAUUAUGGUUUUUCA